AGCUCUGCCGACUCCGUCAUUUCGUAUGAGAGCUCUGCGUCCUCAGUCGCGACCCAGAACCUGGUGCCGCUCCAACAAAAGGGUGCCGCCGAGGAGUUCGAACGGCUCUCGCCCCUGCUCGAAGAUGACCCAGCGUCCUUCGACCUCCUAGCAUCCCACGACUUGGACGCAGGCAGAGGCGGUUUCUCGCUCGAAGCCCAUUCAGAGCAACUGUUCUCCAAGGAGCAUCUCCAAGCCAUCUUCCAAGACACACCCUCUCUCCUCCGCUUCACAGCCUUCCUCAGCGCCGCACGUCCCGCGUCCGUCCCAGUCCUGAUAUACUACCUCGAUGCCCUGAAAGCCAUGAAGGCAAUCAACUACGCCAACGCCGUGGCCGAAGCACUCGAACCCCUAGAAGGCCACGCAUUCACCGAGAACUCCGCACGACCCACCGUCAACGCGAUCCUAGAAGAGCGAGCACGACAAGCGUUCGACGUGCUCGUCCGCGAAGACCUCCCGGCCUUCAUCACCAACAUCCUCAUCCAGGUCGUCAGCGUCAGCAUCCGGAAACGCGUCACGGGGAACCUGCCUCCCUUGCUUCGAGAGGCGAGCGAGGGUCUUGCCGAGGUGUUUUGUCUUACUGACCCCUCGCGCGCGGAUAACCCAAUCAUUUUUGCUUCGGAAGAGUUCCACCGCACAACGCAGUAUGGUGUGUCGUAUGCUAUCGGCAGGAAUUGCAGAUUCCUGCAGGGCCCGAAGACGAAUCGCUACAGCACUGCGCGUCUGAGAGAAGCUGUCAAGGAGGGCAAAGAAGUUAACGAGUUGUUCCUAAACUACCGCCGCGACGGCUCCCCCUUCAUGAAUCUCCUCAUGAUGGCCCCGCUGCUCGACUCCCGGGGCAUAAUCCGCUACUUCAUCGGCGCACAAGUCGACGUCAGCAACCUCGUGAAAGAAUGCGCUGGGCUUGACGCCUUCCAACGCAUGCUAGAGGUGCAAGAAGGCAAUGCCCCCGCGGAAGAGCCGAAAGACGAAUUCCAGGAGCUCAGCGAGAUGUUCAACAACGCAGAGCUCGACACGGUGCGCAAGUUCGGCGGCAACAUGCAUCGCGAGCACGUCGACGACGAGCGGGACGACGUGAGCAUGCGGAACAGACCACGACUCCUCAUCAAGGAUCCCAGCAACAGCGACACCGAGACCACCGUCGCGCCGUCGCCAAAGGCGGAGGGCAGGCUCUCGGGAGUCUACAAACAUUACCUCCUCAUCCGGCCCUACCCCUCCCUCCGCAUCCUCUUCACCUCCCCCUCCCUCCGCGUCCCAGGAGUCCUGCAAUCCCGCUUCCUCGACCGCAUCGGCGGGUCCUCCCGCGUGCGCGACUCCGUCGCCGAGGCCCUCGCCGACGGCACCCGCGGCGUGACGGCCAAGAUCCGCUGGCUGUCGACGGCGGCGCCGUCGCUCGCGGACCGCAGCGAGGAGGGCCGCCCGCGCUGGAUCCACUGCACGCCGCUGCUUGGGCAGUCCGGCAGCGUCGGCGUCUGGAUGGUCGUGCUGGUCGACGAUGAGAAGGUGCCGGGGCCGGUCAGGAGGUUUAGGCAGGCGCCGCCGGUCGCGAGUGAUGUUAGG